AGAGUCGUGUCUCAAGGUCGUUCGAACACCGUAACGCGUUUUUCAUACCCCCAGGUGUACAGGAACAUCCAUUGUUUCGUCGCAGCGUCGCCGGAGAAGUACUAACGCCUCUCGUGGGGCAGAAAAUAUCAAGAAGAACGAGGUCGGCCUGUGUGGCUCAUGAAGUUCACCGAAUCAAUUUCCCACGCUUCAGCGAUCCCAGCGCUUCCGUGGCCGACAGCUGCAUUCCCUGGAUUUUGUAAUGAGGUAAAGUCAGGAAACAUGUCGGUUGUGAUUUCUUCGAUUUCCUUCGCAUUAAGAGAUCGAAAAUGUUUGUCAUUUUGUUAUUUGAAACGACUAGGACCUGUUUUACGAAACUUUUCUGUAAGUAGAAUGAGUGCUAUUAAAUGGCGCCAAUAAAUAUUACAAUGUAAGAAAAAAAACUGAAACAUAAAAUGGCCCUAACCUAUAAGGGAGGUCGAGAACUGUCUCAUUGGUGUAAUGAGGCCAACUCCUUGUGUAAUUUAUUAAAAGCAAUGGAGUUAUAUGCCUCUCCUGGGAAAAUUGCAUGACAGAAAUGUACUAGAAUGUGGGAUUCAGUGAAAUCACUUGUUAAGUGCAGCAUGAAAACGUUCUCCAACCAAGAAAGAGAGGUUGUGACAGAAUCAGUAAAUUCAAAACCUAAGUUUCCUAAAAAGGUACGCAUUGUUGAAGUUGGUCCUAGGGAUGGUUUACAGAAUGAACCAGAUAUAGUACCUACAUCUGUGAAAAUCGAUUUUAUCAAUCGUCUCUCAAGUACUGGAUUUCGAACUAUUGAAGCCACAAGCUUUGUGUCCCCAAAAUGGGUUCCUCAAAUGGCUGAUCACACAGAAGUUUUAAAAGGAAUUACCAAGUUUCCAGAUGUUAGUUAUCCUGUUCUUGUUCCAAAUGUGAAGGGUUUAGAAGCUGCUAUUGAAGCUGGAGCAAAAGAAAUUGCUGUCUUUGGAGCUGCUUCUGAAACCUUCUCAAAGAAAAAUAUAAAUUGCUCAAUGGAAGAAAGUGAAGAAAGAUUUAGACGAGUUGCACAGGCUGCAUCUUUGCAUGGAAUACAAGUGAGAGGUUAUGUGUCUUGUGUUUGUGGGUGCCCGUAUGAAGGACCAGUGAAUCCUCAAGUUGUUGCAAAGACAGCUGCAUCUUUGUAUGAAAUUGGAUGCUACGAGGUGUCGCUCGGGGAUACAAUUGGUGUUGGCACUCCAGGCUCAAUGCGAACCAUGUUGGAAGAGGUUCUGAAAUAUGUUCCAGCACAAAAUCUAGCAGUUCAUUGUCAUGAUACUUAUGGUCAGGCUUUGGCAAAUAUCCUAAUAGCUCUUGAGUUGGGUAUCAGCGUUGUGGAUUCAUCAGUUUCUGGUUUGGGAGGCUGUCCAUAUGCUAAGGGUGCAUCAGGAAAUGUAGCAACAGAAGAUUUGGUGUAUAUGUUGCAUGGAAUGGGCAUUGAAACUGGAAUUAAUUUUGAUAAAUUGUUGGAAACUGGGCAAUUUAUAUGUAAUGCCCUGAACCGUCCAAGUGGUUCAAAAGUCAGUCGAGCAAUUAGCAAAUUAUAACCGGACAAAAAUAAAUAGCAUUAGAUUAAAUAGAUGUCUUGGGAAACUAUACAUAUCAUAUUGUUUGUGAAAAUGAUGACCAAAUACUUCACUAAUAAAUAGUGCAAAAGUUCUUAAAGUGCAUGAAAAUCAUUGUCUGUUGUGCUACCUCUUGCCUUAAAGUACACGGAAAAUAUGUUCUAUUGAGUCUUCAUUGUUUACAUUUUGAGGUGUUUAUUUUGUAUCAUUGAAAGGAACUGGCAUUGAUUGAAAUUUGUGAAUGGUUUGAGAUUAGAAAUACUAAUAAUAUUUUUAAAAGUAAUAUGUUUGAAGAUUUGGGAUUGACACUGACACAAAUCCAUUUUACUUGACUCCAUACUUGACUUUCUGGAAUUUUGUUUUUCACAUUUUUUAUGGACUUUGAAGGUUGGCAACUCUCACAUUCCAUUCUGCAAGAAUUGUUAUUGAAAGUUAUUUGAAAUGGCUAUAUGCGAAGCAAUAUGCAAUCUAUGCAGUAAACAGUUAUUAGUUGAAAUGCUGUGAAGAUUAGCACAUUAAUACUCAAAUGCAAUAUUUUAGGAGAUUGAAUUUUCAGAAGACUUGAGCUUUACAUUCUUGUGAUUAUUGUGAAAUAGCAGCACAGAUGUUGGUUGCUGUAUCACAUAAUUGUUGAAACAAAUGUAAUGUUAUGAAAAUAUAAAAAUAAUUAGGUUAAUGUUGCAUGUUUAGUGACAUUCCUGUUAUGUGAUAAUAUUUACUGAUGUAUAUUAUGCAAUUAUUAAUUGUGAUUUAUUUUUAUAAAUAAAAUAUUUUGUUGACAAAAUUUUAAUAACUUAA